UUUGUUUUUAUUGUUUCUACCACUGUGAAUGAUCCACGGAGCUGACCGGCUCUAAGGUUUUAUCAGAGACUUUUAUUAAUCAGAACAAAACUUUGAGGAGUCGGAUGCACACGCUCCGUUCACCACUCAGCUACACGACGCUCUCCCAACUCUGUUCAUUUACUUUGUAGGAAAAAUGAAGGUAAAGAAGAUAAACCCGCGGAACAAGCGUCUGUCCUCGGGGCCGAAGAAACCAGCCAAACGGAGCAUCAACGUGAAAGGCAAAUGGAAAGCUGUUGAGCUCGAUCCCAGCGUCUUCGCCGAGGAGGGCUUAGAGGGUCUGGUGUGUUUUGAAGAGCUGACGGAUUACCGUCUGGUAGACAGUGACAAGGCUGCGGCCAGAGCGGCAAAAGAAUUAAAAAAGGAAAAGAAAAAAGCAAAGAAGAGGAAAGUAAGCGAGGGCGAGGAGGCUGGAGAGAGCCAAGAGGGAGAGAACAGCAGUGAACCAGCCAAGAAGAAAGCCAAGAAGAAGAAGAAGAAGCAGAAAAAUAAGGCAGCGAAGGAACCAGUCCCAUCAGAUAAUGCUUCUACAGAGGAUGUGGCACAAAAUGAUGAGGCUCCCGCUGAAGAGGGAGGACAGGAUGAAGACAAUGCAAAAGAUUCAGCCGCUGUCUCUGAACAUAAAGCACAAUCAAAGAAGAACAACAAAAAGAAGAAGAGAAAGAAAUCCAAACAGCAGCGAGAUCAGGAUGCUGUCCCAGAGGAACAGCCAAGCCAGGAGUCUCCAUCAGAUCCUCAGCCGCUGGAGGAAGACAAAUCCAGCCAAAAUAAAGUGACAAAGCCUCCCAAAAAGCAGGCAAAGAACUGGACGAACGCAGCGCUUUGUGGCUCUGAUGACAAAAAUGCUGAUGUGAGUGCAUGGAAGGACCUGUUUGUUCCCUCUCCUGUGCUGAAGGCGCUAAGCAGUCUGGGAUUCGGUUCACCAACACCGAUUCAAGCCCUGGCUUUGCCCCCAGCUAUCAGAGACCGCAUGGAUAUACUAGGGGCAGCAGAGACAGGAAGCGGGAAGACGCUGGCUUUUGGCAUUCCCAUCAUCCACACCAUCCUGGAGUGGAAGAAUGGCUCAGAAAAAACAGUUGGUGAUGAUCCUGAACCACCCGCAAAGGUGGAGAGUUUGUAUUUACCAGAUGUAGACGAGGCCUCAACCGAAGGGGAGCAGGAGGACAACGAGGAGGCUUCAGAAGAAGAGGAUGAAGGUGAUGAAGAUCAGGUUCAAGAGGACUCGGAUGAAGAUGAAAGUGACGCUGAAGAAAAAGCUGAGGAUGAUCAGCUUGGAUGCGUUCAAGUCAUUGAAAACGCAGAGUUUAACUUUGAUGAUAAACCUGCUGGUGCUCAGAGUCAGCCUCUCCUGGGCCUGGUCCUCACUCCCACCAGGGAGCUGGCGGUUCAGGUCAAACACCACAUUGAUGCUGUCGCUAAAUUCACCGAUAUCAAAACAGCCAUCGUGGUGGGUGGAAUGGCGCAGCAGAAACAGAGGCGGAUGCUGAAGCGAAGGCCAGAGAUCAUCAUAGCGACUCCGGGCCGUUUGUGGGACUUGAUCAAAGAGAAGCAUCCACAUCUGCUCAACCUCAGACAGCUCAGGUGCCUGGUCAUCGAUGAAGCUGAUCGCAUGGUGGAAAGAGGACACUUUGCAGAGCUGGAGAGUCUUCUGGAGAUGCUCAGCACCACACACUUCAAUCCCACGAGGCAAACCUUCGUGUUCUCUGCCACUCUGACGAUGGCUCACAGCCUGCCGGCCCGCCUCCUUCAGAAGAAGAAGAAGAACCUGGACAAGAGGAGCAAGCUGGAGAUUCUCAUGGAGAAGGUGGGAAUCAAGUCCAAACCCAAAGUCAUCGACCUCACCAGGAAGGAGGCGACUGUGGAGACGCUGAUCGAGACGCAGAUCCACUGUCAGAAGGAGGAGAAGGACUUCUACCUCUACUACUUCCUGCUUCAGUAUCCCGGGCGCACCAUGGUGUUCGCCAACAGCAUCGACUGCAUCAAGAGACUGAACACGCUGCUGGUCAUCCUGGACCGCACUCCGCUGCCUCUGCACGCCAACAUGCACCAGAAGCAACGCCUCAAAAACCUGGAAAGGUUCGCCGAGAGGGACAGCUGUGUUCUUCUGACGACUGAUGUGGCAGCAAGAGGCCUGGACAUCCCCAAUGUCCAGCACGUCAUUCACUACCAGGUUCCGAGAACAUCCGAGACGUACGUCCACCGAAGCGGCAGGACGGCGAGAGCCACCAAAGAAGGUCUCAGUCUGCUGCUGACAGGCCCGGACGACAUGAUGAACUUCAAGAAGAUCUACAAGACUCUGGGCAAAGACGAGGAGCUCCCGAUGUUCCCCGUGGAGAACAAAUGCAUGGAGGCGAUCAAGGAGCGAGUCAACCUGGCCAGGAAGAUAGAAAACUUUGAGUUUCACAACAGCAGAGAGAAGCAGCACAACUCCUGGUUCAGACAAGCAGCAGAGGCUCUGGAGGUCGACCUGGAUGAUGAUCUUUUACUUGGCAACACGGGGGACGAGGACGCCGACAGAGAGCAGCAGAAGAUGGUCAAAGGGAUGAAAAAGCAUUUGAAGCACUUGAUCUCUCAGCCCAUAUUCAAGAACGCGAUAAAGACCAAAUACCCCACACAGCUGGGAAAGCUGCCCCUGCCUGACAUGCCUCUAGCGAGGAAGGAAAGUGCCCUCGCCAGAGUGUUGGUACAGAAAGAACAGGAUUCAAAGAAAAGUGUUGCAUCGCAAAAGAAAAAACGGAAGCAAAAGAAAGAAAAGCAGCAGCAGUGACGUGUUUCUGGGAAUGUGAUGAAAUAAUGUGUGAGUGGAUUCAUGUGAUCGUUGAGUUCAUGAAAAAAGAAAAAAAAUCUAAACUCCUUUUAAUACUUAAUGCACAUUGUGCGAAUAUUGUAUUUGUCGAGUUGCUGUAACCUGCAAGAUUUUAUAAAAAUCUCUUUUCAUAAGUG